AUGACAAUUUUUAACUACGUGAUCGUAGGCAGUGGACCAGCUGGUUUAUCGGCUAGUUACGGAUUGAAUGCACAUCAUGAAACUAAUUAUUUGUUGAUUGAUAGUGGCGAUGGCCUAUCGGAACGUGUACAAUCCAAUGAUAAAACACAUAUUGGAGGUAUUGGUGGUGCCGGUCUCUUCUCCGAUGGUUAUUUUGUAUUUUAUCCAGCCGGUAACAGAUUGUGGUUGCUUGAUCAAGAAUGUUUACGAGAAAGCUACAAUCAAUUAGCAAAAAUGUUUCAAGGCAUUCUUGAUAUACCAGCUUUUCCACGUGAUCUCAGUAUAAAAUCUGCUGGCCAAGUCACAACAGUCAACACCAUUUUGGGUUGCCAUGCUGAUAUGGUAUUGGAUGUUGCAACAUCCCUGGCAGCUUGGUUUGGCAACAUUCAAAACAGCGAUGAACAAACUAUUAUUAAUACUGAAAAACGAAAACAAAAAAAGCAAUCCACGUUCCGUUUAACACUUGAACAACGUACUGCUCUCAUUGCUUCAAUUCUGCAUGGUCUAAAACCGAAUCAAUUAUCUCUGAACACUAAACUGUGUCAGAUAGAAUCUACAACAGAUAAUACUUACAUUUUGCACUGUAAGAAAAAUGGUAAUGAUGUUGAAUUUCGCUGUAAGAAUAUCAUUCUCAGUGGUGGUCGAUUUUUUCCAAUCGUUUCUCAGUCAUUUCCUAUGAUAAAACAUGUUUUUAAGCAAGUGGAAAUUGGCGUACGUCUCUGCGGUCCAGCAAAUAAUAGUUUAUUCUCGGAUGCAACACAAGCCAAUUCAAAAAUUAUUCCAACAGCCGAUGCCAAUCUUGAGUAUCGAACAUUUUUUUGGUGUCGUAACGGAGGAUGUUCAUGGGCCGAACAAGACGGUAUAGCUGCCUAUUAUGGCUCUUCGGAAUGUCCAGCAACAUCUGAAAGUAAUUUCGGCUUCAAUGUGUGUUACAAGAGCGACGAUGCUCAGAAACUUUUAGAAAAAGUGAAGGGUACACGUCCAUUUGAACUAUCACUUGCUGAAUUGGACAAGUUACAUGACAUAUAUGAUGAUGUCGGUACUCAUAUUGCUACAGGGAUUGAAUUAUUUUUCACAAAGUUCAGUAAAGAUACAAAUUUAGAUCGGCAAAGUUUUAUGCUCAAAGGACCCACACUAGAAGCCGUUGGAAACUAUCCACUACUCGACCAAAAUAUGAAAGUACCAGGAGAAAAUAUUUGGUAUGCUGGAGAUGCUACAGGUGUAUUCCGUGGCAUUAUACCUUCGAUGUUAAGUGGCUUAUUUGUUGUGAAUCAAACGAAGAAACUUGUCUAA